AUGUUUGAGGCUGGGACCCCCGCAAUUGGAGAAGCAAUUGGGCUUGGAGCUACAAUUGAUUAUCUGUCUGAAAUUGGCAUGCAACUGAUUCAUGAUUAUGAAGUGUGUUUUAAUCUCUUAACCUCCUAUUCAUGCAAGAGAGAUGAUUUUGCACACGGCCCUUCACCUUCACGAACUGUUAAGCGAGCAGCUCUUUGUUCUUUCAAAGUUAAAGAUGUUCAUCCUACAGAUAUUGCAACCUUCCUUGACCAACAGCUAUUAGAUCAGAUUACCAUUGUGCGCAACCUCUCCAUCGGCAUUUGGGAAUUAACUCAAGUGCACGAGCUAGCCUUUGUUUCUACGACACUAAAGAUGAUGUUGACAGAUUUAUCAACGCGCUCAAGGACACAAUCGACUUUUUCACUUCUUUCAAAUGAGGUGUACGAUGCACAUUCUGGUGGUGAACGUGAGAUCCAGAGAACAAGAGAUGUUAAGGUGAUUUUUGCUACAAAUAAAAUCUCGAGUCUUGAUCCCGCCCUUCUGCGACCUGGUAGAAUAGACAGGAAGAUUGAGUUCCCUCUUCCUGAUAUUAAAACAAGGAGGUGGAUUUUCCAGCUUUGGUAUUAUGAUAUACAUACCGCAAGGAUGACUUUGGCUGAUGAUGUCAACCUAGAAGAAUUUGUUAUGACCAAGGAUGAAUUUUCUGGAGCUGAUAUCAAGGCAAUAUGUACUGAAUCUUGA